GACUUGGCUGGAGAUUCUUUAGUGGAGAGACAACAGGAUAGUUCGUAAUGAUGCGCGGGGUCUGAACCAACCAUGUCUCCGUGCUGGCUUGUUCUCACUCGUGAACUCUCCGCAGCAGCAUCAGUUCCAAUCGGCCACCUGCAAUGUCUGACGACCAAGUGCCUCCGUUUUCGCUCGACAAGCCGCGCCACGAUACUUCGACUUACAUCGGUCGAUGGCGCAAGUUUGCGGAGCUCGUGUCGCCAAAGUAAGUCAGCAGCUUUGGUGGAUGGAUUGACGAAGUUGAUGACUCCUACACGGCAUGGCCUGCUACAGGUGGCUUUUUCUGAGCUCGGAGCAGAUCCAGCACGCGGCGCAGACGCUGGAGGACUUUCGCAACGGUAAAAUCGCCCCCGGACAAUUUAAGGACGCUGAACUUUGGAACCUCCGCCAGGCGUAUGAGGCUGCGGUGCACCCUCAAACUGGCGAGACGGUUCCGGCCCUGUUUCGAUUGUCGGCUUUCGUUCCUGUGAAUAUUCCCAUCUGCGUUGGCAUGCUGCUUGCCCCUCCCACGUUGGGAAAUACGAUUUUCUGGCAAUGGGUUAACCAAAGCUACAGCGCUGGCUUCAACUACGCCAACCGCAACGCCAGCAGUGAGCAAGACAACUCGACCAUCUUGAAAUCGUACGCUACCGCGACGCUAGUGUCUUGUUCGACUGCCGUUGGUCUGGGCAAGAUGGUGGAGAAGGCGAAGAGGCUUUCACCGAGCACGCGUUCGUUCCUCGGAAAGAUGGUUCCAUUCGUUGCUGUGGCAAGCGCGGGUGCUUUUAACGCCGUGUCGAUGCGUUUCAAUGAGUUCCAGGAAGGCAUUGAUAUCAUGGACGAACACGGAGACGUGCACGGGCGUUCUGUUGCUGCUGGACGCCAGUCGCUUGGCCAGGUGGCACUCACGCGCAUUGCGCUUCCCAUGCCGAUUUUGCUGCUCCCGCCGUAUUUGUAUGAGAUCAUGAAGAAGACCAACAUCAUGCCCAAAGCCAAGUACCCGAAGCUUGCUGCAGAGCUUGUCGUGCUAACGAUGUGUUUGUGGGGUGCCAUGCCGAGCGCUGUUGCGCUCUUCCCUCAGAUGGGUACGAUUUCAGCCGAUAGCGUUGAGGAGGAGUUCCGGUCUCGGGUGGACCGCCACGGCCAGCCCAUUCGCCACUUCAUCUACAACAAGGGCAUCUGAUUGUAUAGAGUGCAUUCAUGUACAGCUUCUAUUCAGGCCAGCAGCACAUUCGUGAAAUACAAGUUGUGAAUUGCAACUUUAGUACCCCGUGUAACCUGUAACCCUUGGUUACAAAUAGCACAAUUGGCAGCGAUACCUGGCGCAAUGCGCUUAACUACUGUCGUACUUUACACUGUAUAGCUAACGAGGGCGUCC